UGUGGUCCCGUCACCGGCCCUGCAGGUGUGAACUCGCACACGGUGCACCGUGCGCGCAGGUGGCCGCUGCGCGGAACACAGAAGACACUGAGACGCGGAUGGAAUGAAGCAGCGCGAGGAGGGACGUCACCGCUGAAAGAAAGUUUUAAAAUAGUCCGAACGAGAGGAGGAGUUCAAAAGGAGAGGCCGCGGCCUUCAAAACCAUGAAGAAGAGCAAGCAGAUCGACGUCAGGCGGGCCCUGGCGCUGGCCGGCGCCUUCCACUUCCUGUGGUCGUGCGCCCGAGCCUGCCUGCUGCCCUUCCUCACCCUGUACUUCAGACAGCUGGGUCUCUCCGCCCCGAUGACCGGCGUCGUCAUGGGCACCAAGCACCUGGUGUCGCUGACGUGGAGCCCCGUGGCGAGCCUGCUCUCCAAGCACUACAACAAGAGGCGCGCGGCGAUACACGGGUCCCUCGUGUGCUCGGCGGCGGCGGCUCUGGCCCUGCUGCUCCUCCCGCCGGCGGAUGUGGGCGCGCGGGCCGGCAACUGCAGCCUGAGCGCCGGUCGGACCCAAAGCCCGGAGAGCGACCUGCUCGCCGCCGCUGCACCCUCCGCGACGUCAGCCCUCCCCAAGUCUCAGACCACGAUCAACAGCGCCGCUACGUCCCAGUCUGGGGUCAAUUCGACCGCGGUGCCGCUUUUCGCUACUGAAACCGCGCUUCGUCAUCGGGACCAAUCCCCUCCUCCGCUGCCUCCGCUGAACUCAUCGGCGGUGGUCAACGACAGCGCUGGACAAUCGGAGGUCUGCGGCUCCUUUACGCCCCGCCCGGAGAACUCUUCGGCACCUUCAGUGAGGAGUAAGCGGUCAAAGGAGCAGCUUCGGGUAAACCAGACGGACGCAGAGGAGGAGGGGAGGAGCUAUGAAUUUCUGGGCCGCCUGAAACGGAUGGACCCUCAACACCAGCUCUUCCUCCUGAUUCUCCUCAUCGUGUCGGCGUGGGAGUGCGCGUCCGCCCCUCUGGAGUGGACCGCUGACGACGGCCUGUACGAGUAUCUGGACUCCGCCGAUGCCUCAGACCGCUACGGCAGCACGGCGCUGUGGGGUCUGCUCGGGGCGGCGGGCGGCGUCGGGGGAGCGGGCCUCCUGGUCAGCCGGCUGAGCUGCCUCGUGGCUGGCGGGUUCUCCCGCAGCGCCGCGCACUUCUUCUGCUACGCCGCCCUGGCCGCCGCGGCCCUCCCCUUGGCGGCCCACCUCCCCCUGCACCUGAACAGGAAGCGAGACCGGACCAGCGGGCUCCUCAGGGCCGCGCGGCUCGUGCGCGGCUCCCCUCGCGCGCUGCUCUGCGCCGUCACCGUGCUGCUGGUCGGGGCGGCGGGCUCCGCCGCGGACAACUUCCUCCUGUGGCAGAUGCAGGACCACGGCAGCGGCGAGCUGCACAUGGGGCUGUCUCUGGCCGUCGCGCUGCUCUCGCAGGCCGCCUUCCCCCUGCUGGCCGGCCGGAUGUCCAAGCUCCUCAGCCCGGGGCGCGUGCUCGCCGUUGCGGGCGCCUGCCUCGGGUUGCAGUGCUUCUACUACUCGUUCCUCUGGGGGCCGUGGGCCGCGGCGCCCGCUCCAGCCCUGAGCUGCCUCAGCGGCGGGGCCCUCUGGUGGGCCGUGGGGCUUCAUUGCGACGACGUGGCCACGUCGGGGGCCGAGAGGAGCGUGAGGAGGGUCUACGGCGCGCUCGCUCAGCUGGGGGGCGGGCUGGGGAGCUUCGCCGGAGGCCUCGUGGUCCAGCGGUUCGGGCUCACGUGGCUGUUCAGGGGAGCGGCGGUGGGUGUGGUGGCGUGGUGCGCUUGCCUGCCUCUGCUCCAGUGGAAGGCCCCCCGCCUGCGCAGGAUCAACUACUCUCGGCUUUUGGCGGCGGACGCGAGCGAGGCAAGCGACUCCGAGUCUGAACAGGAUGGAGACUGGCUGGAAAAGGCGAUGGGCGACAACCGAGGCGGCGGUGGCGGCGGCAGCAGCAACAGGAUGAACCGUUGACCCCUGCGCUGUGAGGACACGUAGUUCGGCGAGCGCAGCAGACCAUUUACAUAGAAUCGUUUAGUGUGGGGGUAAUAUAUUCAUGGUAUGUUUAACUCUCAUGGCUGCUCAGAGCACUGAUGGACCCGGGGAUUCAUCUCUGUGCCACGAGAGCCGUCUCGACUGAACAUUAGCAUAAGCAAAGAGUGUUCUAAAGCAAACAAGGACGCAGGACUGAGGGCGGGGAGGAGACGCGCGUCAUGUCAACAGGAACACCCGACGCCUCGUCCUCUUGGGUGUAAACUCCAGAGGUGUGCACAAGGUGAGGCCGGUCUCACCACACCCGGACAGGCUGUUUGUCCACGGCUAAAGUCCCCGCCGUGCUCCUCUGUGUUUGGGCCUUAUUUUGGACUGUGUGAAGUGAUGAACCGAUAAAACGAGGGUUGUUUAGCUGCAGGGAGCUCAGCGCAUCGUAAGAUUCUCAAGUGUUUGCUGAAUCCGAGUCAGAAAAUCUUUUGUCUAAUCUGCAUUUCAAGGUGAUUCUUUUUUUUCUGAGUUAGAAAUGUAAAAUGUGAAUAAGGAUGAGUCAUUUUCAUUCCUCUGCAAAGUGUCUGUAUGUCUUUUGAAAGUCUUCCACCUGUUAGACAUGAGUACUGUGAAGAGAAAACUGUAUUCAUGCCAUAAAGUAUCUGCACCACAUGGAGGAGCAGAAGCUUCACGUUGAGUGCAAAUCAGCGGCCAAAAUAAAUGUUGAUGAUCUGAA